AUGAGAGAGACAGAGAAUGAACUGAAUGCAGACACACCAGCCGGCAGAAGGAACAAUACCUCACUGCAAGGCACAGCAACUACUGCUGCAGCUGUGAGAGAAGCAGGAGAAGAUGUGACAAUGAGAGCAGUGCUCCCACAGCUCAUUGACACUGUCACCUUCAACCUGACUUUCUUGACAGUCACAGAGGCCGCCGCCGCACCAUGA